GAGGUCUGGUCUGUCUGAAAUAGCAUGUCGCACCGUCGAUGGCGCUUGCGGUGAUGCCUCGCCGCGUGGAACGGCAUCUACCUCAGCAUGACCUGGCGCCUCCCCACGUGCUUGGCUUGGAGCGUCAGCUUUUCACGACUACGGCUUGGUUUCUACGGCGCCAUGUCACGGCGAAACCACGUUGAGGUCCAACUAUGGCGGUACAGACAACGACACACAUCGCUCCAUCAGCCCACGGCAGCGCUUCCAACCAUCAUACGAGUACAGGCUAACAGCAUCUGGCCCAGCAUGCACUCCUUUCAAUCGUUCAAGUUCUCGAGGAAUGUGUCGUUGAGGGCAGCCGGUGAGGAAGAGCAAGAUAUUACGACCCGCAUGGUAUUGGGUUACGUGCGAUCCCAUGGAGACGUGCUGCCGAGAAGAUAAAGAUGCCUGCACAUGAGGUGGGUCCAAGCCGAUGGACAAGAGAACGCAUGGUACUCGAUGGGGCCAGGACAUACCUCAGAUGAGUUCAUCAGGUACACUCGAGCUAGCUUCACGAAGGCAACAACUCCCUUGUCACGACAGUGUGCAAAAAACGCCACGAAAUGUGGAGGUCGUUGGAGAAGUUCAUGCCUCUAGUCAUACUCUACACAUUCACACGACACAGAGGACAUGUGGCGUGUCGCGUGAGCCAUGUCGACACACAGUCGAGAUGGAACGCGUGAUUGCACCCGAGGCGGAUGUUGGUGAAGGCAGGCGCAGACUCUUCGAAGUCUUCUAGACAGAUCGAGCACGUCCUGUCGUCGUCAGGGCACGCUUCGUGGGUGUGCAUGCGCGAGAGCCGGUCGCGCCACUUGAGUUCCUCGCGUUUGUGUAGCUCUGGCAUCUCAACGGCCUGUUCCAUCAGCUUGAUGGUUCGUCGAAGCACGACGGUGGUCGAUGCAUCCGCUGUCUCCAACGACACAUAGCAUGCCUCACGAACGUGGAAAAGGGCAGCAAUGUAGUUGCGGAAGCCCUCGCACCGCUCUGCAACGAUAGCGUCGCAGUCGACGCCAAGUCGUCGCUUGGGAAACACUCGCAAGGGACGCAUGAGACCACGGAGGAGCAAUCUGCCUUCCGCAGAACACUUGUCGGACGAAGCUGCCAAGAUGGCUUUGCGGUUGGCGUAUACUUGCGAGAAGCGCUGUCGGACGACCCAGAACACAUUUGUCGUUGGGCACGUCAUAUGCAUGGUGUAGUUGGUAAAGUAGAACGACGGGCGGUCAGGACAUACUUGCGGCGUGCCUUUCACCUUUGCCGACACGAGGGCCUUCUGGAAUCUCGGCAUCGAGUCCAAGAGGUGGAGCGAGUCCAGGCACAAACUCGACCGUCGGCCCUCUGUCCACGACAGUUUGUUGGUGCCAAACGAGCAGAACGAUGGCCGCUGGGUGUCGUCCAUCGUCCCUGUGGGUGGCUGGUGGCUGCAGUGGAUGUUGUCGAGUGGCCUCCGGUCGGCGGCGUGCGCCGGUGCAGCGGACAAC